AUGGGUGUACACGCAGCAGAGACUGACAGCCACCAGCGCGAUGGCUUCGAGCAGUGGAGAAGCUUCAAAGCUGACAUCGAAAGGGUACCAGGCAUACAGGAAGGCCAGCAGCGGUUGAAGAAAUGCAUGUUGGACGCAAGUGGCUUUGUUGGAUGCAAGUGGCUUGACGAGACCCUUCCGACAAUGCAUGGCAUGGACAUGUUCGUGGGACAGGCGAAUGACCAGACAAAGGGCGCCAAACCACCACAAGGCAUCGAGGGGGCAAUGGCCCUGACCAGCCCCAACGACUUGAAGGUGGCUUUCGAGAUGCUGGAUGCAAGCAAAGAAGGUGUGCUUGGAAAGAAGCAGGCCCGUAGCUCCAUAACUGGUAUAUCAGCAUGGAUGUUGGCAGGAGGCUGUUGCCAAUCCUGCAUGGCGUCUCACUCGCCAUGGGCUUGCCUGAUUACAAAAACAGAGAGGGUUAGGAGGUCAAGAAAGGUUGAGCCACGAGCACACAGGCCAGAACGUUCAUCUCCUGCCGUCAGACAGACUCGUGCAGAUCUCGCAUCGAUGAUACUCGUGGCUCAUGAUGCUUGCCUUUCCCCGUACCUGCAUUGGAACAUUUUGUGUGCGGCUCUGCCAAUACAACAGCCGUGA